CCACAUUUUGUUUAGAAGCCCUUCACUGCAGCUACAGAGCAACACUGUUUUUAAUCUCCCAUCAUCGUCAUCCCCAGAGGAAGAUCAGGUCAUCAUGAAGACCGUCCACAUCCUCCUGCUCUGCAUCGUGGGAGCAGCACUGCUUUCCUCAGUGUCCUGCACCAAUUCAAGUGGUCCUGAUGACUGCUGCUUCAGCUUCUACCCAAGAAGAGUCAGUAAACGCUUCAUCAGCUCGUACUACCCAACUGAUCACCGGUGCCCAAGGACCGGAGUCGUUUUGGUGACACAAAAACAAACUCGCAUCUGUGCGGACGCCAAUCUCUCCUGGGUUCAGGGCAUCAUGAAAGCUCUGGAUGAAAUGUUUGUGCAGAGAAGAAGCACUGACACUUAUGAGGAGUUUUGUAUUAAGCCUCCACCUGAUAUGAACUGGAUAUCGACCGUACAGCCAGACAACAUCAGGACAGCAUCUGAGGAGCCUGUGCAGAGAACAAGCACUGACAGUUCUGAGGAGGUUUUUCUUCAGACUACAUCUGAAAUGAAGCAGACAUGGAUUGUACAGCCAGACAACAUCAACGCAGCAUCUGAGGAAUAUGAGCCUGGAAACCUGCAUGAACCUGGAAUAAGACGCAAGUUUGAGACAAAUCCAGUCGGGCCCCCUCAUCAAUGGAGACCUGCAUCCCUCUUUGUAGACGGCUGCUGCUUUGGGUUCGCACCGAGAAGAGUGCCUAAACGCUUCAUCAGCUCAUACUAUGUGACUGGUCCUUGGUGCCCAAUGCACGGAGUCAUCCUGGUGAUACAAGAAAGAGUUCACAUCUGUGUGGAUCCCAGCCUCCCCUGGGUUUACAGAGUCAUGGAAAAGGAAGAUCAGGUCAUCAUGAAGACCGUCCACAUCCUCCUGCUCUGCAUCGUGGGAGCAGCACUGCUUUCCUCAGUGUCCUGCAACAGUUCAGCUGUUCCUCAGCACUGCUGCUUCAGCUUCUACCCGAAAAGAGUGCAUAAAAACUUCAUCAGCUCAUAUCACCGGACUGAUGAACGGUGCGCAAUGACUGGAGUCAUUUUGGUGACACAAAAACACGCACGCGUCUGUGCGGAUCCCAGUCUCCCCUGGGUUCAGGACAUCAUGAAAGCUCUGGAUCAAAGCUCCUUUUAAACCAGUCUCCUGUCUGGAAGAAUGUUCCUGCUACGUUUGUUGCUUUCUCAGAUCACAUACUGCAAAAAUAUUUGACAUUUUUCUAAUAAUAUAGGAAUGAUUUCAUGUGCAAAACUGCCAUAAGUAGUGAAAGAUUUUACAUCUUGUUCCUGAGCUGGCUCACUGACCAACUUAUCCUUUGUCUGUGCCUUUUUGAUGCUUUGUAUUAUCCACAGUAUCUUACAGAAUAAACAGCAUACAAAUACA